AUGAAUUCUGACGUGAAGUAUGCAACUAUGAUAAAGAUUAUAGGGAGGACAGGAUCAAGAGGGCAGGUGACUCAGGUGAGAGUGCAGUUUAUGGAUGAAAGCAAGCGGCAAAUUACAAGGAACGUCAAGGGACCGGUCAGGGAAGGGGACAUCCUCGCCCUACUAGAGUCUGAGAGGGAAGCAAGAAGGUUGCGUUGA